GUCCGUGGCUUAUGUGCGCCGUGUUGAAAUGAAGCUGAAAACUAUUUCGGAAACCGUAAACAAGGACGAACUGUUUAAAAAGGUCUGGAACCUUUCCGCAGAUCAUUGUAUGGAUGUUGUAUUAAUGAUGUUUUCGCAUGCAGAAGGUACAACAUUACUUGGCACACAUAAACUCGAACAAUUUAUUGUGACUACUGAGCUUUGUCAUUUUACUUCAAUGAUGAAUCGACCACCACUUUACCGCCCUGCUUUAGACUGCACUGUAGCAAAUGAUUUUGUUUCAACAGAAUUUGAACGUUAUAUUGAUUUGGUUGAAGACAAUGCUUAUGAGUUAUCAAGUGCCCCUAAUAGUGAGGUGCUUGUUAUUAUUGCUAAUAAUGAAUGCCGUAAAUUCAUUUUUGCUUCUCCACGUUUACGUCCUUACAUCAUGUCUAAAGAAUGCAUCUCUCUUAUUGAGGGAUGCUUGGGAAAAGGCACUUUCUCUGCCAGUCAAGAAUCUGAUAUUGAUAAAUAGCAAUUAAUAUCCUUUGCAUCACUAAAAUUCUCAGUGUUGCUUAACGUCUCCUCGUGACAUAUAAUAGUCUUCAUGGAAAAUCAGUCUAUAAGUACCUAUCUUGAUGCUUGUCUGUGCUAUCUUAAUAAAAAUAAGAAUAAUAAUUAUAUUAAUAAUUUUAAUAAUAAUAAUUAUAACCAUAAUAGUAAUUGUAGUAUUAAAACAAUAAUUAAUGUUUUCCAUAAGCAUUGCUUAUAGUAUUGGGUUCUUUUUAAUAGCAGUAGAGUCAAAAGUUACCUGUUUUCAAAGACUUUGUUUUGUAUUUUAUAUUUUAUAUUUAUUUUAACUUUAGUUAAUUUGAUUUUGUAUAAUUUUUUUUCAUAAUUAAUUUAAAUUUAAAAGCAAAAAUUACAGCUAAUACAUAAGUAAAUCUUAAAGUUCUUAAUAUUUUAUUUUAUUUAAGUAUUAAUUUGAAAGGCUGUAAACUUUGUAUUAGAUCUCAUUUUGUUAUGAUUUUUUUUUAAACUAUUUAUAUUACUGCAAUUGGAAAACAAUAUCUGAAUGCUUAACAAUUAUAAAGAUUUAUCAAUAAUCUAGCAUUUGUAUGUACACGAGUGAGACUGGGUAGUGAUAUGAUUAGAAUUAUUUAUUGUUUCUUA